UUUAAUGCGCAUGCGUGCUUGCCACAGUCUGAGAAGGACCGAAUGACAAACUUUCAAAUGAAGACUUGAGGACGGGGUUGGGACAAGCGGUAGAACAUGGAUGGAUGGAUGGAAAUGAGGACGGAGCAGACUGAACGUACAAGAGACAUUAAAGGGGGAGGAGCCAUGGCCUGCACCAAAGUACCACUAGAUGAGCAGCAGGUGACACAAACUCAUGUUGAGGGAAAACACCGUUUACUGGCUGCUCUGCACCCCGACAGGAAGCAGGAGCGCCUCUUCGUGCCUUACAAGCCGCUGUCAGACGGCAGCUCCCCUGCUGAGGUGGAGGAGUUCUUGGAUCGUGCCAAAUUCCUGGUGGAGGACCUGGACUGGCUGCUGGCUCUGCCACACGACAGGUUUUGGUGUCAGGUGGUAUUUGACCAGUCUCUGCACAAAUGUCUGGACUCCUACCUUCUUCACGCUCCUCGCGGCCUCGACCUGACAGCCCCGCCCUCGUCCCCCGCCGCCACUGAAAUGCAACGCUCGGUUCACAGGGCCGUCUUCUUGACCUUCCUCAGGAUGGCCACUCAUAAAGAGUCAAAGGAGAACUUCAUCACACCUUCUGUGUUUGGAGAAAUCCUCUACGAGAACUUCCUGUUUGAUGUUCCUAAAAUGAUGGACCUGUGUGUGCUCUUUGGGCGGGGCAACAGUCAGCUGCUGCACAAGAUGAUAGACAACAUCUUCACGCAGCAGCCGUCCUACUACACAGACUUGGAGCAGACUGUACCCACUGUCUUACAGGUGUUUGACACCAUCAUGGACAGGUGUGGCCUGCCAUGUGACACUGCCACACAGCCCAUGAAGCUCAACGCACACAAACAGCCCACUGCAAUCAGCAUGACUCAGCAGGACUUUGUGGACAUAGUCCUCUACCUCUGUGACUCCACCAGCACUUUACACGCCUUCUUCACCAUCUUCCCUGCCGCCUGCUCCACCUUCCACUCUCACGGCUUCCUCUGCAGACUGACAGUAUUUUACGAGACCGUCGUGUCCGACCUGGAAAAGGCCCUGAGGAACAGGAACUUUCAGGAUGAAAGUCUUCAGGAGGAAGUGUGGAGAAGACUGUCUCACUCCUGUAGGAAGAUGCUGGAGAUGUCUCACCUGCUGCUGCAUCACACCUGUCUCACUCCCAUCUUGGAGGGGGCAGAAAACUCGUCAACGUUUGCAGAGGAACUUCUUCAACAUUUCACUUCCUUUCUGUCAGAGAAAAGGUUCCUGACAGACUACGACCAGCUCUUUCCCAUGGCAGACCAGGUCCGUCUACUGCAGCAAGCACUUCCUGUCUUAGACGAGACCAGGACGUCCUACCUACUGCAGGGCGUCCAGAGCGCCUGGGACAGCCUGGGCAGGCGCAAGACCGCCUCCUCCUCGCCGCCUGCCAGUCAGGGAGCAGUGGGCGGGGCUUCACCCUCAGCUCUGCAAGUGCCAAGAGAGAGCCCGAGGGGUGCGGACGCCCCGCCUGAAGGAAGUAACGGAGCGUGGUGUCCUCUGAGUGAGGCGGAGCUGGACUCUCUGCUGUCCUGCAUCAGAGACCUGCUGCCGGACUUGGGAGAUGGCUUCCUGCUGGCGUGUCUGCAGGAGUACCACUACGACUGUGAGAGGGUCAUCAACAACAUCCUGGAGGACACGCUCAGUCCUGGCCUGGACACGCUGGACCGAGCCACGCCCAGGCCCGUCAAGCCAGCGCUACCUGCCGUCCUGAGCAGCCGCUCCAACGUCUUUGACGACGACCACUUUGACGUCUUCCGCAGGGACCAGGUGGACAUGUCCCGCGUCUCAAAGGGCAGGAGGAAGCAGCAGGAGGAGGAUGCAAGGCAGCUGGUGGACAACAAGCAGCAUGUGUCAGAGCAGAGAGAGCGUUACCAUGCCUACCAGACGGUGGUGGAGGUGCAGCCAGGAGACUACGAUGACGAGUAUGACGACACGUACGACAUGAACCAAGUGGGAGCCAACGACCUGGACGGAGACAGCCUGCUCAACAGGAGGCCCUUCACUGUCCCCAGGGUCUUGGAAGGAGGGAGCAGAGCCCAUGAUGAAGAGGAGGAGGAGGAGGAGGAAGACAUCAUGCAGAGCAAGAACCCAGACCACUUUGUUCAGGACCCGGCACUGCUGAGGGAGCGAGCUGAGGCCAGACGUGCCAUGCAGCAGAGGAGAGGCAUGCGUCCAGACCACCUGCAGGGACGUCCCAAAGGCCAAGGCCAGACUCUGGAGACGUUCCUGGACCGCCGCAAGAAGGAAGCCAACAAGAGUCGCGGCGCCAACCACAACCGUCGCAACAUGGCCGACCGCAAGAGGAACAAAGGUAUGAUCCCGUCCUGAUGCUGGCCACCCUGAAGGACUGUGUGACCAGGUGACAAAGAAGUGAGGUCAUGUGACCUGGUCAGUAGUUUUGUAGCCCUUCCAAUAAACACUUCAAUCAUCCUCUUCAAACAAUCCACCACAGCCUCAUGGAAUGAUUCAUCACCCCAUAAUGUUUUUUACACAUGUUGUCACAUUUAUUCCAAAUAAAAGUAUGACACCUA